CUGGAUGACGACAUCGCAGGAGGAAACAAUGUAACCAAACAGAGUCCAGGUCCAGUCCUGUGAGUCCCCGCCAGUCCCGCUUCAAGUCUUAGAAGUGAACAGGGCCAGAGGAAGCCGGAGUCCGGAGGACCAGACUUGACUGGACCGACACAGGAACUUUUGUUUCUAGCGCUCACACGGACGGACAGAAGGACCCGGGGACUCGGUCUGACUCCGCUUUGUUCGCUUCAGCUCCUCACAGAACAGAAACGACAGACACACACAUACGUGUACGCACACAAAACUACUUCCAGUUUUAUACCGUGUUUAAAAUCAACAUUUUCGGGGUUUUUUUCUUUGUACCAGUCUACACUGUUUGUCCGCCCGAGGAACGAACGGGAGUUUAACAGUUGACUGACGGACUGACGACAGGUUGCGCAACUGACACAAUAAUAAUCAGAAGACAAAGACCGAAAGUAUCAGAGCUGCUGUUUCCAUCCGGAGUCAAACUUAGGAGAAAAGUUUCAUCAGCCAGUGCUUCACAGACGAACAGAGGCAACUCUACUGCUGCUGCUGCUUAUCUACAGGUUUACUGCGCAACAACAAGAUGAGCGUCACCUCAGCCAGAUCCAGACUGAAGAGACUGUUGGACGAGCCCCAGGAUCAUUUACGGAAAUGUAAAAAAGCCUGUCUGGCUCCGCCUCCUCUGGCAAUUGGCCUUUCACCCUGCCUCCAACCCAAAAGUCCCGCUUCUAAAUCAAGUCAAAAGAAAUCACCAUUCAGAGUGGGACCGUAUUUACUGAAUGAGCGCUGUGAUGGGGAGGAGACGUACAGGGCAGUGCACGUACACACACAACAGCAGUACACCUGCCAGGUGCUCCCUCUGCGUGGUUACCAGGAGCAGUUGGCUGCCUACGCCCAGAUCGGUCACCACGACAACGUCUGCGGCUUGCUGGACGUGGUCAUUGGCCAGGACAGCGCAUUCAUCUUCCUGCCCAGUCACCAUGGUGACAUGCAUGCAUAUGUGCGUAGCAGGAAGCGGCUGGGUGAAGAGGAGGCGGGGCUUCUCUUCGCUCAGAUGCUGAACGCCGUGAGGCACUGCCAUCACCAUGGAGUCAUCCUGAGAGACCUGAAGCUCCGCAGGUUCGUCUUCACCGACAGAUACAGGACACGACUCGCCCUGCUCGGCCUCGACGACUGUGUUGUCUUGCAUGGUAACCACGACGACGAUUCUCUGACGGACAGACAUGGCUGCCCGGCCUACGUUGGCCCCGAGCUGCUUAACAAUGGGAAGGGGUCUUACUCUGGUCGUGCCGCAGACAUCUGGAGCCUGGGCGUGUCUCUGUACACCAUGCUGAUUGGACGAUAUCCAUUUCAGGACACGCAGCCUGCCGCGUUAUUUGCCAAAAUCCGCCGCGGAACCUUCAGCCUCCCCGAUUGGCUGUCGCCACGGGCCAAGUGUCUGAUUGGCUGCAUGCUGAGGAAGUCACCCGACAAGAGACUGGAGGCAUCGGAGCUGCUGAUGCACCCGUGGCUGACCAAUCCCUGCACGCCGCAUUACAAUGUGCACAAGACUGACCACAGCUCACACACAACACCACCAAAUAAACAAGAGGACAAUGACCAAGUUGUGCCAAAAUGGACUCCAAAACACUAACACUCCUGCACAUAUUCACUCACAUUUGUAUCUCGACCCCAAGCGCCUACAUUUUAACUUUGACCCAAAAAACACACACAACACAAGGGAUAUAUUGACAUUACAUCACUUAGGACCAAAUAUAGCAAACUGCAGAAGUGAGAGCAACCCAAAGCCUAAAUUCUGAAGCCGAACGCAGUGUGAGCUGUAAAAAUCUCUUCAAUCGUAGCUUCAAAAUGUAAAAAUGGUCACAAAUAUAAGCAUGCAUCGACACAGAGACAAUCUGAUCCUGGAUUACUUGACCCACUUGUGCCUUCCUCUCUGUAGCCGUGUCUCAACUCCAGCUCCUCAGAAAGUGACCUCACCGAGGACUGAACAUACUCCUUCUCUCUAAAUAACUCCGGUUAUAAAACACAGGACUCAUAGUCAAGUCAUCACUUACAAAACCGACGGUGUGUCCAGGUGCUCGUCGUAAUGACAGUGAAGUGAUGCGUCUAAAUGUUAAACCAGGAAUAUGUGCGUCUCUUCUGACUGAAUUUUAUUUUCACAGCUUGAUAGCAUUACAGAUAACUCUGUCAGUGUUGCAUAUCCAUCUAACCAGCUACAUUUGACCCCUUUUUUUAAUGUUAACAAAUCCCACAAGUCAACAGUAAAUAAACAAAAAAAAAAGUCUUUCUGCACAGCCAGGAAAAACUAUCACUUAAUACAGAAAACACAAUCGAGUAAAGUCAUGUCAUUGUGCUGUGGUUGAUGUUUGACUCUUGGCCUCAACAGUAAAUUUAUUCUGAACAUGUAACUGUGUCUCACACCUCUGUGCUUUAAUGCUGUCCACUGAGACGACUGUACCCAGCUGUAAAACCACAUAGACUUUGACCUUCAAUGUCUUCAAAGGGACGGAUAAAUCCCAAAAUCAGACUAACACAAUGUUGAUCUUGCUCUUGACAUGGGUUUUGUUGACAAUCAGGAAUAAAAAAAGGUUGAUAUUUGA